GCCAUCAUUGAAGUCGAUCACCUCUCUCUCUCUCUCUCUCUCUCUCUCUCUCUCACACGCGCGCGCGCAACAUCUCCGAAAGUUACGGGCUCUCCCUCUUCACCAUGGCCGGAGAAAUAGCCGACGUCCAGCCGUCCAAUUCCCUUCCUCUGGACGGCCAGGUGGCCAUAGUCACCGGCGGCUCUCGCGGCAUCGGCCGGGCCAUUACUCUCCACCUCCGAGCCCUCGGCGCCAGGGUUGUGAUCAACUACAGCUCCAGCUCCAACCACGCGGAUCUCCUCGCCUCCGAGCUCAACUCCGCGGCCGGUUCGUCCGGGUCCGUGGCGAUUCCAGUUCGGGCUGACGUCUCGGAACCGGAUCAGGUGAAGGCUCUGUUUGAGCGGGCCGAGGAAGAAUUCGGGUGCCAGCCCCAUAUCCUGGUGAACUGCGCCGGAGUUCUAGACCCAAAAUACCCCGCGUUGGCCAACACGACGGUGGAGGACUGGGACAGAACGUUCGCCGUCAACACCAGAGGCGCGUUCCUGUGCAGCCGGGAGGCGGCUAACCGCCUCAGGCGGGGCGGCGGCGGGAGAAUCAUCACCAUAUCGUCGUCGCUCGUCGGGAGCCUGCUGCCGGGAUACGCGGCUUACGCGGCGUCCAAGGCGGCGGCGGAGACGAUGACGAAGAUCGUGGCGAAGGAGUUGAAGGGCACGGGGAUCACGGCCAACUGCGUUGCGCCGGGUCCGGUGGCGUCGGAGCUGUUCUUUGCCGGGAAGACGGAGGAGAUGGUGCAGAGGUUCGUGGAUGCCUGCCCUCUGGGUCGGCUGGGCCAGGCCGGCGAUGUGUCUCAGGUCGUCGGAUUCUUGGCCGGAGAUGCCGGCGAGUGGAUAAAUGGUCAAGUCAUUCGGGUCAACGGUGGAUCUGUUGUUGUUUGAGUGGUCUACGAGUUUCAUGGAAACGAAAAUAAAUAAAUUGUCUCCAUUUAUGUUGACUAAUACUAUUUAUUUAUGUAGAUUCGAUCUUUUAGUUUAUAUAAAUAAUAUUAUUAA